UGGAAAAGUCAGGAUCAGUCGCUGCUCUACUUCCGUCAUCAUCGAUUAAACAGCUCCUCAACUCCGCUUUGCUGUGCCGAUAGUCGAUGCUAUCGCGCUUUGCCCUUCGAUCAAAUUAUAACAACAUGCAUUGCGCAUAAAUACACUCUAUACAAUACCUGUGAAACCAUCGCUGGCACCCGUGGCUGCUGUCUCAACACGACUCCCAGCAACAAUCAACCACGAUAGCAAUAACAAUGGAGAACACAGCGGCUCCUUCGAGCGAACCAUCCGCCGAAAGAACGCCAUUAUUGCCCGUUUCAAAUACAGAUAGCCGUCCAAAGGCUCCCCGGACGGUAACGUUCAGUUCGAACCCAGUUACGCGAACUUUCGAGCCGGAGACGCGGACGAGCUCUAAGAAUGCCGCGCCUAUAGCGAGUGUACCGGCCGGUCCGCCAAUGCUUGCGGCGCUGAAUAGUCGCCUCAGAAGACGGAAUAGCCAGGGAAACGUACCGCUGCUCGCGACCGCUCCCUUUGGCGCGAAGCUAGGGCCUCAAAGAAGCACCAAGAAGACUGAGAAACUUAAGCUUCUACCCAAUCCUGAAGUUGACGAAGACGAUGACGAAGAAAGCGGAAGAGAUGUCUACUCACAGUAUACAAGAAUCAAAGAUCCGACAGCCAGAAGAGAUGCUGCACGUCUUGGCAAAGCAGAUCGCCAGCUGCUACCACGCGUCACCGCAUAUUGUACGGCCAACCGAUAUGAUAUGGAUGGACUGAUGCGGUUUCUAAAAGGCCGUGGCAAAUCUCGCGGCGCGAACCCCAAACUAAUCGACGAAUGUAUUUACACACCCUAUGCGUACACGAAAGACGUCGUUCGCCCUGCUCCCGAAGUCCAUCAGAACCCUGUUGAGAGAUAUCAACGCAGACACUCAACAGGAGGCGAUAGCAUUGAAAACGAGAUGCGCCGAGAAGUUCAAAACGAUAGACAUGACUCGGGAUUCGAAGAUGCGUUCGUCGAAAAUGAUCACGAUGUCGGACUGCAGCACAUUAGCAACGAAGACCUGCUUGGCGAAAGCCUAGAUGGUGAUGUUACUCUUACGAAUUCAGCUCGCGACUUCGAUACACAAGUACACACUCCUGAAGUAUUUCUCUUUGAUUAUGGUGUUGUUGUAAUUUGGGGCAUGUCUGAAGUCGAAGAAGCUCGCUUCCUCAAGUAUAUUUCGAAGUUUGAGCUCGAAAAGCUGGCGCCGGCCGAUGUUGAAACGGAACGAUUCAAUUUCUACUAUACGAGGGAAUAUCAGGCCCGUAUUUACAACGACUUUAUUACACUCCGAGACAAGAACAACUAUAUGGUUAAGCUAGCCAUUUCCCAUGCGUUGGCACAGAGCGUCAAGACAUCAUUAUUUGAAGAACUUAUAUCCUCUACGGUUGAGACUUGCAAAGAUAUCCCGACACAAAUCGCACUGACUGGUAAAAUCGCAUUAAGCCGAUCACAAAUCAACAUGCAGAUUGGCGAACUGUUCAUCCUCCGCAUCAAUAUCCACCUCAACGGCUCUGUGCUGGAUACACCUGAGUUGUUUUGGGUAGAACCCCAAUUAGAACCUGUCUACCAGGCCGUACGAAGUUACCUUGAAAUGGACCAGCGUGUCGGCCUGCUGACGGAUCGACUCGAUGUCAUUGCCGAUUUGUUGGCAGUGCUUAAAGACCAACUGAGUCACGGCCACGGCGAGAAACUCGAAUGGAUUGUUAUUGUUCUUAUUGCUAUGGAAAUUGUGGUUGCAGGCAUCAAUAUUCUUGUAGAUUUGUACGCUGGAGAUAUAUAAGCGCUGUAUUAAGGGACCAGACCAGAUGGACCGCCGGUACACCCUAGUAGUGACUGAUGAUGGCUACUUUGAAUUUUUUAAUAUCAUUGUCCAGAUCGUGACAGCUGUCUCGAUGAGCUUUACUUGGCCAUGGCCUUUGAGUAUCAACGCAUAUGUGAUAAAAACAAUUUUGAAUUGGUGAUGAAAGCUCAGCAAGAAGCCAAGCCACCAUUACAUAUAUCCCUUAAAAAAUCAAGUCAUCUCAACGCCAAACCCAACGGCAUAUCCUAUCUGUACUUCAAACUGGCCAAUAUUCAUAUUACUCGUCACCGUCCUUGUCCAUCUGAGUGUCCUGGUCUUCGGUAUCGUAGUUUGCCAUCUCCACAUCCUCAUCCUGGGUGCUCGGCUUCUCUGCUUCCGUCUUAGCAGACUCCUUCUUUUCGGCGUCCGCGACCGCCUUGGCCUCGUCCUCUUUCUUGGCCUCUUCCGCUUUGGCGGCCUGCUCGUCUGCCAUUAUCUGGAAGCGCUUCUUGUCCUCUUCCGAGAGACCUUCCCAUCCCUUUGUCAGCUCCUCUUCAAUAUCUACAUCACCGUCCUUAUUUUUGGCUUCGAGAACAGGACGCUGUUCAUCGCCGUAUAGCUCUUGGGCUGUUUUGGGAGCCGGCUUGUCCUUGCUGUCGCCGUUUACUGCUACUGACUUAUCCGUAGUUGGAGCGUUGGAGCCUUCAGCGUCACCAUCGGCCUUGGUAUCUGCGUCAGCGCCGCCUGAAGCCUUUCUAUAUCCUCCUCGUUUCGUUCGCAAUGGCUUGUCCUGGAUUUGUGGCUGCAGCUUGUUAGCGAUGAUUCCAUCAUGCGGCUUUACCGAAGCUUACGGUUGGUGGCGGACUAGGGCUGCCCUCGGAGUCCUCAACGUUGGUACUGGUUCGUUUCGCUAGCUGUUCAAGGAGGAACGCUCUCUCUAUUCUUAAUUUUUCGACUUGGCGCUUAAUUCGAGCCAGGCGCAGUCUGGCGGCGUCGUUGGAUUCCUCCACUUCAAGUGUGCGAUGCUUCAAUUGCACACAUUUUCUUCGGUAAGCCUCCUCCACUGAGGGAGGUAGCGACGGGGGUGCAGCUGUAUCGGACAGAAGGUCAGCAUCGCCGAAGCGUCGUUUCGGAGGCAUUGUGCAUCGGUAAUGGGCGGCACAGUUUACGCGUGUUCAGGGUGUACUCAAUCGCUUAGAGCUUGUGAUGCUGACGAGAUAUUCCACUGGCUUUGCGAGAUUGAAGGCGCGAAUGGCGGAGCUGGCAGGAAGGAGCGGAAGGGAGAGGGCUGCAACUUACUGUAGGGCAUCAUUGUCAAGAGGCUGAACGGGAGAAUGUCUCAAAGCAGACCGCAGUACGCUGCUGAGGAAACGAAGGGGAUCGAUUCUUAAAUAGAAAAGACAAUUCAGCGAACAGAGGCCGCUGACAGUGCGUGAUGAGAUAUGGGUGGUAAGAUUGUGAUGGCGAUGGCGGGCGACGAAGAUGGCUUUUUGGGGUUGACGCUGGGAGAGGG